AUGGGCUCGAUCGGAAAAGAAGAAUUCACCGUUCCGAACCCCUUCCGGACUCGCAUUCUUAACGGACAAGUCACUCCGAUUGUGACAAUAAAGUAUGCCCUCGGCAAUGAGAUCGCCAUGAUGGCCAAGAUGGCCGGCUUCCAUGGAAUCUUCAUCGAUAUGGAGCACUCAGCCUUUAGUCUCCGCGAGGUGUCGCAGCUCAUUCUGGCAUGCAACUAUGUCGGGGUCUCGCCAGUUGUCCGAUCCCCAUCCAAGUCGCACUGGCACAUUAGUCGCAUUCUAGACGCUGGAGCUGCCGCCGUUGUGGUUCCGCACAUCGAGUCUGUUCAAGAAGUCAGUGAUAUUGUUCAUCAUGCGAAGUAUGCGCCUCUUGGCGCCCGCGGUUGCACCAAUAACCAGCCUGCUUUCAAAUUUCAACAUGUCCCUGCGAUAAAACAGAAUGAGGCACUGAACUCCCAAACAAUGCUCAUACCUAUGAUAGAGACACCUGGCGCUGUGGAUCUGGCAGAAGAGAUCCUUGCGAUUGACGGCGUGGAUGGGAUUCUGAUCGGCUCGAAUGAUCUGACUACAGACCUGGGGAUACCGGGACAGUAUGAUGAUCCACUAUACCUGGACUCCGUCAUAAAGAUUAUCAGUGCCGGAAAAAAGUAUGGCAAACCUAUUGGAGUCGGUGGCAUUAGCGGUCGUCUAGACCUUCUAGAGCGAUGGUUCUCCCUGGGUGCCACGUGGUCUUUAGGUGGGCAGGAUGGAGCAAUCUUGCAGAAAGCAUUCAAGCAGAUUGUUCAAAACUAUGAAGAGAUUAACCAGAGGGUGCAAAAGCAGAGGGCAUAG